AGAAUCGCAUCCAUCCACCGGGCGGUCGGUGUGUGUAUACGAGCUCGAACUUGUGGCGCGCUAUAUAAAUUCCACAAUAUUUACGUUACUUGGCACCAUCAGUUUUCGAGAAAGGACAGGUUCAUUCAAAAAGGAAACAUGGCAAUGCAAAUGCACAAUGCUGAGCAGGAAGUUUCUGAGGAGUUUGGUCCACUCGGUAUCAGUAGGCUUGAGGCUAGUGGAAUAAGCUCUAAUGAUGUGAAGAAGCUGGAGGAAGCAGGUAUGCACACUGUGGAGUCUGUGGCUUACUCUACCAAGAAAGAACUGUGUGCUGUCAAGGGUAUCAGUGAGGCUAAGGCAGAUAAGAUCCUGACGGAGGCCCAGAAGCUUGUUCCUAUGGGCUUCACCACGGCUACUCAGUUCCACCAACAGAGAUCAGAGAUCAUACAGGUCACAACUGGCUCCAAGGAGCUGGACAAACUUCUACAAGGUGGUAUUGAGACUGGUUCUAUCACAGAAAUCUUUGGAGAGUUCAGAACUGGAAAGACACAACUCUGCCAUACUAUGGCAGUGACUUGUCAGCUACCUAUUGACAAUGGUGGAGGAGAAGGGAAAUGUCUCUACAUAGACACAGAGGGUACCUUCCGACCUGAGAGAUUGAUUGCUGUAGCAGACAGAUACAAUCUGUCAGGCAGUGAUGUGUUGGACAACGUAGCGUAUGCGAGAGCUCACAACUCAGAUCAUCAGUCACAACUCCUUCUUCAGGCUUCAGCAAUGAUGGCAGAAUCAAGGUAUGCUUUGCUGAUUGUAGACAGUGCCACAGCACUUUAUCGCACAGACUACUCCGGGCGUGGUGAGCUAGCCUCAAGGCAGAUGCAUUUGGGGAGGUUUUUAAGAACACUGCUCAGACUUGCUGAUGAGUAUGGUGUUGCUGUGGUGAUCACUAACCAGGUUGUCGCUCAAGUAGAUGGUGCAGCGAUGUUCACUUCAGAUCCUAAGAAACCCAUAGGAGGUCAUAUCAUGGCUCAUGCUUCCACUACAAGGCUAUACCUGAGGAAAGGUCGAGGUGAGACCAGGAUAUGUAAGAUCUAUGAUUCCCCCUGCCUGCCUGAAGCAGAAGCCAUGUUUGCCAUCAAUCCCGAUGGUGUUGGUGAUGCCAAGGACUGAUCUGAUCUGACCUGACCAAAAUCCUUACCGAACUCUUUCUAUCAAGGCGAGCAGCCCGACACUUGACCUGAAGUAGCCCUCCAGUUAACAUGAAGAAGCCUACAUUGUACAUAUGGACAUGGAUUCAGUUGCUCCUGCUUAAAUUUUGUUGAUCAAAUUGUCCAUCAUGAUGGUGCCAUAGAAGGUUGUUACACAUGAUAUCAGGGCUAUUAGUCCUACCCUGGUCUCUAAGUAGCCUACCUUGUAUAUGGACAUGGCUUCAUUUCUUCAUGCUUAAUUGUGUUUAUCAAACUAUCCAUAGUGAUUGCAGAAUGGAUUUCCCAAAGAACAAUUGAGUAACUUCAGCUGUGGUAACCCUACAAAUGAUUAGUUGUAUGUAACCAUGUUGUAUAAAAGGACAUUACUUCAAUCACUCAUCAUUUAUGCUUCAUUUGGUUCGUCGUAAUGGUCAUAGUGCUGUGGUGUUUGGGUAAAUAUGCAUUCUUGGUCAGUUUCCAUUUAGAGUGUAAGUUAUUGCAUUACUGAUUAUUUUUCCUGCUUUCACUGAGGAAAAACUGAUAAUGGAAUGGAAUUUAUUCUGAUUGAUAUGCAUAAAACAAGAAAACUUCAUGUGGUCUUUCUUGAAAUUUAUGGAGAGGAAAUUUAUGUUGAUUUCAAGAUUUGUAAACAUUAGCAACUCUGUGUAUGUGCGAGUGAUAUAGGAAUCUAAUGACCUUGAGAUAUACAACAACAGUCCAUUUGACUCAUGGAUUGAAGAAUCUACAGGUGGAUUAGGUCUAAGAAACUUGCAUCUGACUUGCAUCUUUCCCAGUGUUUCCUGGAAUGAGAAGUGAAAUGUGCAUACAUUGUCUUAAAUCAACGUCCAAGUACUUUUAUACUAGAUUCAGUCACAAAUUCACACUUUAGUAUGUGGCCAUUUCUUGACAGAUACCUUUGUUGGGGCACAUGAGGAAAUUAUUACCCGAACUUUUCCUGUGAGCAUUCAUAUUUAAAAAUGUAAAUCAAAUCCUUUUUUUUUCCUGAAUGAAUUGUACACAUAUGAUUAGGUUAUUAAUGGCUAUUAGAACUUCAUUAAAAAGUUGUAGAAGCUAGCAUUGUUUAAUUUUAUUUGAAAUGAGAGAUUAAAAAAAACUUAAUCAAAUCUGACUAUUAUAUUAGUUAAGUAUGAUACAUGUACAUGUAAGAUAAUAUAUAUUUAAUACACUGUUCUCUUGUAUGUGCUUAAAAUGUUGGCUUCUUUAGUUUGAAGAUAUUUUAUUGUAUACGACAGUCAUUAUUUGUACUAUAAACAAUUUUUGUCUCCCAUAGCCUGAUGCAAAAAGGGUGACAGUAAUAAUAUGCACCAACCAUCAAAAGAAGGAACUAGAUUGUAAUUUCUUUUCCUUUUUUGUGUAUAAAUCAUGGAUUUCUGUUGAUAGUUUCCUUUUUAUGCUGGUAAUAUGUCUUUUAAUAUUUAGGUGAUUAUUUCUUUAUUAUUUCCUUUUUACAAAUAUUAUAAUAAUUCCUUUUUUUGCAUAUACAUUGUAUGAUCAAAAGACAUGUAUUAUGUCAUAUUCAGUUCUUAUCAUUUGAUCCUUUCUUCAUUCCUUGCAUCAAAACAGAUCUGUAAAUAAAGCAAAAUUUGUAUAUGGUUAA